CUCUCAGCCGAUACAUUCGAGAAAGGACUCGGUACAUUCUUCAACAAAGCGUACACGCAAGAUGGAAGACUCCGCAGAAUUAACGGGACGCGUCGUGCGUUUGCACUUUCGCUGCAAGGCCGCGGUUCCGAUUGGAAGUUUCCUGCGGGUGACCGGAUCUACCCUAUGGGCUCCAGGUACGGCAGCGACGGAUCCGGCCGACGCGGCUCCUGCAGUUGGUCGUACAGAACAAGCCGGGUUUCCCACAUCCGCCAACGAAGAAGAAGUGACAAUGAUGCCAAUGCAAUCACCAGUCUCGAGUCUGUAUACGUCUUCGGUGGAAAUGGUUACGACACCCGAAGAGUACCCCGUCUGGCGGACCCGCAAACCAGUCGUCCUCGUGAUUCACAACGGCAAACGAAAUACGCAACAUCACUACUAUCGAUAUUUGGUAGUGUCUCCGGGCGGAGGAGGCCACAUGGAAAUCGGUGAGAAGGAGAUCGAAACGGACGACGAGGAAGAUGUCGCCAUGGUCAGUACGAGCAACGAACUUAUUGGUACCACGACUGUCAUGCAGUGGGAGGAUCCGUGGGGAACGCUCCGUGAUCCUCGCGCCGACACAAACUUAAUGUCCACGGCGAGUUUAACAUCGUCCAUUGCAGGAAACAGUACCCACGUAACUAAGGACAACUAUCGCAAUUUGCCCUACCGCACUCUCGAUAUUGAUAUUAAAUCAGGCAAGCCACUUUUGAAAGGAGGAAUGGAGGACGCAGUACGCUUGGACCACUGGAAUGCACCCGACGAUGAUAGCUUCCAGUCCUACGUUAUUCGCAAAGCGAUUAUGGAUGAUAAAAAUCGCAAACUCCAACCUCGACUUUCAGACGCCAACGAUUUGAGUCGGACAGACUCCGACAUGGGCAUGGCAGAUGCUGUUGGACCUUCGGGGGUAUUGCGACCCCCGCUCACGGCGAAAUCCAAGAAUCCAGGCCUGGCUUCCGGACAAGCCACACCCCCAUCCUUUCCGUCCCACAAUCGUAUUUUUUUCAUUUGCUUUCAUUUACCUGUCGUCGUGGUUCAAAGCCAGUCCACAGGUCAGUGGCGAGCUUCGUGGAGCGAAAGCAUUCUCGCAAAAACUGAAGGCUCCCAGAUCUUGUCGACCUACGAAGCUUACUGGGUGGGGACUGUCACUACCUCCCCUCCACUCACCAACGAGAAGGAUAAGGAUGAAGUUCGUCAGAUUCUUCAGGAAAUGAACUGCAUUCCCAUCAUUCUGGACCCGGAGGUCCGACAGGCACACUAUUAUGGAUUUUGUAAGCAGGUGCUCUGGCCAGCGUUUCACAACAUUGAUCUACUAGAUUUGAGUACUUGUGGCUGGUUGUCGGACCAAGAAUCUGGCUCAAGUGAUUGGGACCAGUCCCGACUCGAUUCGUGGUGGAAUUCGUUCGUCUCAGUCAACCAAGAAUUUUGCAACGUUAUUACGAGUCUCUCGCGGCCGGGCGAUAUCAUGUGGAUUCACGAUUAUCACUUGUCGCUUCUAGCACAGCAGUUGACGCAAGCGGAAAUUGGGAAGUAUGGCUGGAAGAUGACGCGCAAGGUUUUCUUUUUGCACAUUCCCUUUCCCACGAGUCAAAUCUUUCGCGAAUUGGAAUGUGGAGAGCGGAUUUUGCAAGGCAUGUUGCACGCCGACGUGGUAGGCUUUCACGCAUUUGACCAUGCUCGGCACUUCUUAAACGCGGCCAAACGUAUAUUAGGACUCAACUACGAGUCCCUCGCAGGGGGACUCAUCGGCGUGAGCUUCCAAGGAUCAACCGUCCUCGUUACCAUGAGCAACGUCUCCAUUGAGCCACGUAUGGUAGAUGCGGCUCUCAUGCUGCCAUCGGUACAGCAAGGAAAAGACGAGUGGCAAAAGAAACACCACGGGCGAACCAUCAUUGGUGGAUUAGACAUCGGUCAGCGCCUUUCGGGCGUUUCGCUGAAACUUCUGGCGUACGAGCGGUUGCUGCAAGACUAUCCUUCCUGGGUCAAUAGCGUCGUCAUGAUCCAGCUCGUUCUCGUUCCAGGCUCGCGCAAAGCCGAUGAGGCGGUGACGACGAGUGAACUUCGAUCGUUGGUUAAGCGUAUUCAAGAUAAGUUCGGCCCCGAAGUCAUUGAUUAUGUAGAACUAGCCGGCUCGAGCAUACCAAUGGAUCGACGCCUCGCAAUGUGGAAAGCAAGUGACAUUCUGAUGAGCACUCCAAUUCGGGAAGGUUUGAACCAUUGGCCGAUGGAAUACAUUCACGCUCACAAAGAACCCGAGGUUCCCGGUGUGGUCAUCACGUCCGAGUUUUCGGCCAUUAGCUCUAUUUUGAAUGGCGCGUUGCGUGUAAAUCCGUUCGACAUCCAAAUGACAGUUAGCACAAUUGACAAAGCGCUGAGUAUGGGUCAAGAAGAGCGAGAAGGACGUCGAUACCGUGACAUCGAUUUCGUCUCGACUAGUCCAUCGGACAAAUGGGUCAAGAAUGUUUUGCGUGAUUUGCGCGAUGCUACGCUACGUCAACAAUCGGUUGGCAGCGAAAGCAAUUCGCAAGCGUCUACACCCCACGGGGGCAUGACGCCUAUUCGUAGGGAUGCCGUUGACUCUACAGCUUCGUUCUUGGCAAGAGAAAGUAGUUCUGUAUUUACACCUUUGAACUUUUCGGCAUUGAAAAAAGCGUACUUGGCAACGAAACGUCGUGUGAUCAUUACGGACUUCAAUGGAACCAUUGUUCUCAAGGAACCUCCUGGAACAAGUGGGAACAAGCCUCCGCAGGAAGUAAUUGAAGCGCUAUCCACGCUUUGCGAGGACCCACGAAAUCUGGUAUACGUCGUCUCCGGAGACUCCAGCGAGAAUGUUUUGAACGCGCUGGGACAUUUGCCCAAUCUAGGUUUGGCAGUUAGCAACGGUGCUCGUUUUUCCCCGCCCUUGGCACCGGGGGAAUCAACACGCCGGUGGAUGACGUUCGAUUUGGGCGUCGAUUGGGAUGACGUUAAGCGGACGGCUUUGCCAGUCUUAGCGAAGUACACGGCUCGCUCUAAUGGAUCGUUUGUCAAGCUCACGUCGCUAAGCAUUGGGUGGUCUUACUACUCUUGUGAUCCGGAAUGGGGCUCCUUACAAGCGGCACACUUGGUGUUGGAACUGGAAAGGGAGCUACGCGCUUAUGACGUUCGUUUCGUGACUUUGAAAGGUAUUGUCGAGAUUGUUCCGCGAAAACUCAACAAGGGUCUCAUUGUCCGUAAAAUCCUACGCGAUACUACGGUGGCCCACCCCGAAGGUGUCGACUUUUGCCUGUGCUUUGGAGACGACAUUUCGGAUGAGAAGAUGUUCACAUCGGUUUUUUCGUUUUUGGCUGAAUGGGGCCAAGAAGACGAGUCAGCGGUGAAACCUGGUCCAACUGUUAUUGGCGACGAUGGAACGGUGGAGUCAGCUGUUGAAGCUGAACGGGACAGUAGUCAAGAUGGCGGUACUCCCAUGCAGGUUUCUAAUGACAACGGCCUCAUGUAUGCGUUCACCGUAGCAGUGGGGAAAAAGCAGACGCACGCUUCGUCGUACGUUAAUGAUGCACAAGAAGUCGCCAACGCGCUGGUAAUGUUGGCCGAAGGGGAUGUGCCGACAGGUGGCGUCCCGGUGUGGGGACGUGCAAACUCGUCGGAUUUCUUUGACUGACCAUACAUCUCUGGUAGGUAAUUAUUUUACUCACGACUAGACAUUUUCAGUAGACCAAAUCUGUUUCAUUUUCGGCCCCAAUGUUACUGUCGUAAACUCAAGAAUUGCAGUUCACUGC